AGAGAGCGAGAGAGAGAGAGAGAGAGAGAGAGAGAGAGAGAGGCACUAUUGCGUUCAUAAUUGGGGGCUAGUGGAUAACAGGGUUUGGUAUCAACGGGAAACCUGCGGACUGUGGAAGUGCUGGAUGGAGUGAUGCAGACUCUGACUACAAGCACCGAGGGAUCAACAAAUACUGCAUUGACCGACUAGGGCUGCGGGUGGUCCGGGGGUUCAGAGACGACAUGGUGGGCCUGAGGAACCGGAGCACCUGGGAGCCGCUGCUCCUCAAGGCCUCCUGCAUCCGCUCGUGUGCCAACGGCUGCUCCUUGGGCGUCACCACGGACCUCACCUACGCCAACACAGACCCCGAGGCCAUAGAAGGCGUGUUUGUGUACCCCCUGGGGGAGAAGGAGGUGGUGGUGGGCUUCGAGGCGGUGAUCGCGGGCCGGCUGGUGGGCGUGCAGAUCCAGAGCCGGGGGAAGCUGAGGGACUGCUGCCUGGACUGCUGCCCCGGGUUACCUGUGGAUGGCGGGGGGGACGGAGGGGAGUGGGGGGGCUGCUGCGGGGGCUCCAGCCUGGACAUGAAGUGCACCAACGGGCACCUGAUCCUGGACGACGACCUGGAGAGAACCACCUUCAUCGUGGGCACGGGCGUCAUCGGCCCCCUGGAGCUGGUGUCCAUCAUCAUCAGCACCACCCUGGAGCUGCCCACGCUGGAGAACGGGGCCAUACGCAUCGCCUACCCCACCCUGCUCACCCCCGUCGUCACGGGGCCACUGGGGGCCGGCAAGAGCGAAACCGGCGGGAAAUCGGAGGAAAUAGGGGGGACCAGUUGUUUCGGCGGGACCUCGGGCAAGCCGGAGCCGGCCCUGGGCACCAAGCUGGGGUGUGCCCACCUCAUCUUCACCAGCCCAGCCGCCAACCCGGUGCCCUACCAGCUCAACUUCCAGCUGCUGGUCCGAGGGGCCUGCCUGCUGGCUGGCCUGGAGAGCCCCACUCACGCCCUGAGGGCCGAUGCGGACCCCGGCGCCCAGAGCGCCUCCUCCACCUACAUCACUCUGGCCCAGGAGCACCCCUACGACCGGCACAUCGAGGUCAUCCUGCACCUCAGCGAGCCUCACAGCCCAUUGGUCAUCUUGGAGAGAGGCAGGCUCUCCUUCAGCCAGUUUGAAAAACAGAUGUGUGCACGCCGGGACUACAUCCGAUGUGCCCGGAAGGAGUCGGAACCUGAGAAGAAGCUGGAGUUUGUGAGGAAGCGCUACCACAAGGACAUCAUGAGCAGCCCGGUGCUGAUGCUCAACUUCUGCCCGGACCUGCUGGGAGACCCCCUGGACCUCCACAAGGCCACCCGGGAGCUGGUGUUCCUCAUCGACCGCAGCGGCAGCAUGAGCGGCGCCAACAUCCGCCGGGUGAAGGAGGGCUUGGUGGUCGCCCUGAAGAGCCUACCCCCGGGUACCAUGCUCAACAUCGUGGGCUUCGGGACCACCAUCAAGGCCCUGUUCACCUCCAGCAAGCUCUGCAACGACGUGACUCUGGUGCAGGCGUGUGAGUACGUCCAGAGGAUGCGGGCCGACAUGCGGGGCACCAACCUGCAGGGGGCGCUGUCCUGGGUGUUCCAGCAGCCCGUGCAGCGGACCUGCCCCCGGCAGGUGUUCGUGGUGACGGACGGGGCGGUCAGCGGCGUGGGCAAGGUGCUGGAGAUGGUGCGCAGGAACACAUGCACGGCCAGGUGUUUUGGUAUAGGCCUGGGCCCGCGCGCUUGCAGAAGGCUGCUGCAGGGCAUGGCCAAGCUAACUGGGGGAAGCACAGAGUUCCUGGAUGAGGAGGAGAGACUUCAGCCAAAGUUAAUAAAGUCACUGAAGAAGGCCUUUGAGCCGGUGCUGACCGACCUGCGGAUCGACUGGUACCUCCCUGAGAACAUGGAGGCUCUUCUCUCCCCCAAUGAGAUCCCUCCCCUCUACCCUGGGAACCGGCUGAUUGGCUACUGUACUCUCUACGAUAUGUCAGAUUACAAAGGCAAAAAGAUGGAGGCUAACGGACGGGACGACAAGCGGGCCAGUCGCGGCUCCACCGGCUCUGUGUUCGGGCCGUCCAAUGACGAGCUGUCCCCGCCCUCCACCUCGGAGCUCCUCCCCGGGAUGGCGUCCACGGACGUGACGGAGCUGGAGGACGCGCUGAAGGAGAUCUCCAGGGAGAUCUCCUGCGAGUUCUCCUGCGCCCGAGAGGCCGACCCGAGCAGCAGCUCAGGUGUGGAGCACGACGGGACCAGUGGCGUGAGGCAGAGGAUCCAGGAGCGCUCCUACGUCCAGGAGCAGUACGUCCUGACGCGCUGCUCGCUCAGCAGCGAGCGGGGCGUCCCGACGCGGCCCCCCAGCCGCACCAACGCCUCCUCCGUGUCCGAGGCGGCCGGGGGGCCCUCCUUCCCCCUGGACUCCCGCCCGGGGCCCCUGAUGGAAGCGGGGUCCCUGCCCCAGGGCCUGGAGAAGAUGCCCGCGCCGGAGCAGAAGACCUCGCUGUCCCGCUGGUCCGAGUCGCCGUGGCAACUGGACCUCUCCUCUGAAAGCACUAACAGUAGCAAGAGGACCCCGAGUGGGCGGCUGUCUGGGGUGGAGGACGCCCGCAAGAGACAGCGGGCUCUGGUGCGCUCCACCAUGGCGGCCCGGAGCUUCUCCUCCCCCCAGGGCGACCUGGACAUGCACCGCCUGCGGAGGGCGCUGGAGAGGGUGUCCUUCGACCAGACCCUGGGCGGCCGGCUGGAGGAGAGCGACGGAGAGACCUACUCCACCCCUAGAGGGGUCCUCGCCCGCAGAAGCCUCACUGACUCCAACGGGCUUCUGUUCCCCGCCUCCCCUCUGGACUGGGACCACUUCACAGACCCAGACUACCUGUUCAGCGGCGCCGAGCCCCAGGAGACCCCCCCCCCUAGGCAGUGCCGCUCCGUCAUCCACGGCCUGCUGGGGGGCCAGCCCAUGUCCUGGGAGGUCACGGUGGACCUCGGCCCCCUGUGGGCCCCUGAGGAGCAGGGCAGUCCCGACAGCGGAGAGGAGGAGGGCGGCAGGGAGGGGCGAUACGAGGACCCCUGGGAGGAGAUGCUCCACCAGCUGACCGCCCGCUCCGUCAUCAGAGACUUUGAGAAGAUGGCGGAGAAGGAGAGCGACAUUGAGCAUGGCCCGGCCAAGCGCUACAGAGUGAAAGCCAUCCAGACCAGCAGGCGCUGCAACAUCAUCUGCAUGUACACCACCUUCGCUGCCACCGACCGCAGCACGGCCACAGGCCUGGCCGGCAGCCUGGAGGUCAGAGCAGACGAGCGUCUGGGGACGGGCCAGGGCUCCCAGUCAGGCAGUCGCAGGCAGAGGGCCUACUCUGUGGGGCUGGGCCGCCGGCGCUCCAGCAGGGACAGCGGAGACAUAGAAGAGCCCUGGAACUCCACCGAUAAGGAUGAGACCCCAGCAUCACCAUGUAGCCUUACAUCCUGGGAUUCAAACGCUGGCGGCGGAGGGUACCCCUCCAGCCCCCCUGCCGUGGCACCCCACGCCUCAGGCUCGCGCUCCCAGCGUUCAGUCGAGAGCAAAUCCAUGGAGAGCUUCUUCGGCACCAGGUUCCCCCUGGGCAAACUGAGGUCCUCUGUGUCGUCCGGAAAGCACAUCCCUCUCAAGACCCACUGUCUGUCGGCCGAGACGGAGAAGCAAGCCGAGACGGAGGCUCCGGACUACCUGCCGCUGGUGCGCCUGCAGCUGGCGUCGGGGGCCUUCCUCCUGACGGAGACCUACUCCGACUGCCUCCAGAUCCCCCUGGACCGCCUGAAGAGGGCGUCCCCCUACAGCCUCCACCGCCGGAGCCUCAGCCCCCCCUUCCGCUGCACCUGUCCCAGCGCCGGCAAGCCCCCCUCCCAGCCCCACAUCUGCACCACCUCCUCCCUGCCCCGCCCCCCGGCGCCCCCCUUCCACCACACCCCCGACCACGCGCCGCUCGGCCUGGAGCCCCGGGCGCGGCUGAGGCGUCAGUCCGAGCGCGAGCCCCCGGCGACCGCUACGCCCGACCUCCCCAGCUCCGAGGAGGGCUCCCUGGAGCUGCAGGUCUCCCAGGGCCAGCCGGACAGCGGGCGCGGCUCCGAGACGGACGCCUGCGAGGGCUCUCCGGCGGACCCAUCGGCGGCGGCGGCGGCGGAGGGCCGGGGGGCCGAGCAGGAGGACGUGGUGGGCUGCAGCUGGGCCACGGCCGUGGCUCUGGCCUGGCUGGAGCACCGCUGCGCCGGCUACUUCAUGGAGUGGGAGAUGGUGGCGGCCAAGGCCGACUUCUGGCUGCGCGGCCAGCGGCUGCCCGAGGAGGUGGACCUGGCCGGGCUGAAGGGGGCGGCCAGGCAGCUGUUCCUGCUGCUGCGCCACUGGGACGAGAACAUCCAGCUCAACAUGCUGUGUUACAACCCCAACAACAUGUGAGGGCGGCGGGGGCAACGGGGGGGGAUGCCAAAUAUAGCAGUAGUGAUUGAAAUGGUUAGGGCCCUGGUGAUAGGCAGUGCCAGUGCAUCCACGAGUACGCCACUGUAGGAAUUCAAUGUAAGGGCCAAGCUGAUGGAGUGUCCCCUGGCCAAGAUUGAUUUCACAUGAUAUGCCUUGCGAUAGAUUCUGUUCAGACUGCUCUCUGACAUGACUACUUGACAUUUCACGUUGACCAAGUUGCCUUUUAUAAAUUGGAUGUCAUUUGCGCAUUCAUAUGACAUACAUGCCUUUCAUAUGAAUGUUAUAUGGAUAUGCUCCUAAUAUAUACUUUGAUGCCCAAGGGGAGAGUGGGUGUACUAAUUAAAACGUUUAAAGCCUACUACUGAGUACCAUAAUCAGGUAACAAUAAAGAGUGGAUUUGUAUA